UUAAUGUGAGAAUGUUUGUGGGGAGUCCGGAAGUCACCACAUAUAUUUCUUCCGGUUCUUUUGUGACAUUGAAAUAUAUUUUGUGUCAUUCUGCCAAUAUUAUUAACACAAAAUCAAAGUUGAAAUAUGCUUGAUGCUGUUGGGGAUAUUUCACUAUAAACACAGAUUUGUGUAGCAUAACAGAUUAUCAGAUGGCAUUGGCAUCCAAAAAUUGUCAAGUACAUCAUCAACAUUUAUCGACUUUGUUUGCAACCAGUAAAAACAAAAGGAAGAAAAAUUAUGGAAAAUGAAUCAUGUGAGGACAAGAUUAAAUUUCAAGCAAAAUCUAAAAGAAUUGAUUUUCCUUGUGAUAGCAAGAAAGGAGAAAAAACUUCAUUCACUUGUGAUAUCCGUGGUAAAUCAUUACCUCAGAAAUGCCAUCUCACUACACAUAAACGUACUCAUAGAGGAGAGAAGUCAUAUCGUUGUUAUAUCUGUGGUAAAACUUGUUCUGCAAGUAAUCAGUUAACAACUCACAUACGCACUCAUACGGGAGAGAAACCAUAUCACUGUGACAUCUGUGGAAAAUCAUUCUCUCAAAGACAUACCCUAACUAUACACAAGCGUAUUCAUACAGGAGAGAAACCAUAUCACUGUGAUAUCUGUGGUAAAUCAUUCUCUUAUGGACAUCGCUUAACUAUACACAAGCGUAAUCAUACUGGAGACAAACCAUUCCACUGUGAUAUUUGUGGUAAAUCAUUCUUUGACAAUAGUGAUUUAACUAAACACAAACGUAUUCAUACAGGCGAAAAACCAUAUUACUGUGGUAUCUGUGGUAAAUCAUUCUCACAAUGUAGCAAUUUAACUUACCACAAACGUAUGCACACAGGAGAGAAACCAUAUUAUUGUGAUGUCUGUGGUAAAUCAUUCUUUGAGGCUGGUUCCUUAACCAGACAUAAGCGUAUUCAUACAGGAGAGAGACCAUAUAAUUGUGAUAUUUGUGGUAAAUCGUUCUCUGAUAAUAGUCACGUAACUAAACACAAACGCACUCACACAGGAGAGAAACCAUAUAAUUGUGAUAGCUGUGGUAAAUCAUUCGCUGGAUCUGGUUCCUUAACCAGACAUAAACGUAUCCAUACAGGUGAGAGUCCAUAUUGGUGUGAUAUCUGUGGUAAAUCAUUCUCUGGAAGUCACGAAUUAACAUCACACAAACGCAUUCAUACAGGAGAGACACCAUAUCUCUGUGAUAUCUGUGGUAAAUCUUUCAGUCACUUAUAUAGUUUAACAACACACAGACGUAUCCAUACAGGUGAGAAACCAUAUCACUGCGAUAUCUGUGGUAAGUCAUUCUCUGGAUCUUGUUCUUUAAAGAGGCAUAAACGUAUUCAUACAGGUGAGAAACCAUAUCACUGUGAUAUCUGUGGUAAAUCAUUUUCUUAUAAAGGAAACCUAACUUCUCAUAUAGGUAUUCAUACACAACAGUAACUAUAUCGACGUCAACAUUCAGAUUGAAUUAAAUGCUGUGCAACAAACAUACCACUUGAUGUGUGUUGAAGACAUUCUCUUCCUCUUCUUGCUGGUAUAUGUAGUAAUUUCAUGAAUACUGAUACUUGACAAUCUUCAGAAAAUCUAUUUAUAUAGCAUUGAAUGAAACAGAAGAAAUAACCAUCUGUGUGUCACUCAAUGUAAAUACAUCUUGAGAAAGCAAAUUAACUGAGAUUAUUCAUCCACUGAUUAUA